AUGACUCGGGGCACCUUGAGCAAAUUGGACAUUUACCCUGGGGCUGAGGACUUUGAUGGUUAUUUCUCCUCUCUGUCAUGGAAACCCAAUAUGGCAGGUUUCUUACAGGAGGCGGAGCGAGGUGUAUUUUGGGAGCUGGUGGGACUAGGGGCCGCUUGUCCUCCAUCUCCCUCCCUCUCUCCCCAUCUUAAACUCUCACAUUUUUCUGGCAGGCGAGCAGCCAGCCUGGAAGGGUUCCUUGGACAGGGAGUUGGGGAUCGCAGCUGCCUUAAGAAGUCCAGCCCCUCGCAGCCUGUUACCAGUCCACUCCCAGGCUUCCCGAGAGCAGCAGCAGCAGCGGCCGUCCGCGGCAGCAUGGGAUUCAGAGCAAGCUAUCUGCUCCUGGGCCUCUUCUCCCUCGUGCACAUCGCCGCCCAGCAGUCAGCGUCCAAAACCGCCAAGGCGGCCAACUCCAAGAAAGAUGUCGUGAGCCCCAAAGUGAUCGAAGAGCUCAGAAGCCAGAUUGACAGCCUCACCCAGGAGGUGGCUUUGCUGAAGGAGCAGCAGGCUCUCCAGACAGUUUGCCUGAAAGGCACCAAGGUCCACCUGAAGUGCUUCCUGGCCUUCCCCGAGGCCAAGACCUACCACGAGGCCAGCGAGGACUGCAUCUCACGGGGCGGCACCCUGAGCACCCCUCAGACCGGCGACGAGAACGAUGGUCUCUACGACUACCUGCGCAAGACCGUCGGCAACGAGGGGGAGAUCUGGCUCGGCAUCAACGACCUGGCCACCGAGGGCAGCUGGGUGGACAUGGCAGGCGGCAAUAUCGGCUACAAGAACUGGGAGACGGAGAUCACCACCCAGCCCGACGGAGGGAAGGUGGAGAAUUGCGCCGCCAUGUCCGGGGUGGCCGUGGGCAAGUGGUUUGACAAGCGCUGCAAAGAUAAGCUGCCUUUCAUCUGCCAGUUCAUGAUCGUGUAAGGCUCUGGGGGGUCGGGGUGGGCGGGGUAGAGGCGACGG